UCAAACUCAGUUGCGAUUCGGUCGUUGUAUGGAGCACAUUGAGCGUUUGCCGAUGAUGGUUGGGGUUCUUGGUUUUGCCAAGAUUUACUACGUUCAGUUUGUGUCCAUAUAAAAACGUGCGUUUUUUGCUAACAAAAACAUUCAUCUACGGGAACGUGCUAUGGAUACGGACGAUACGGUCUGACGUACAGGAAAAGGCUGCAGACAGACAGAAUUGUUCUGCGAGAGUGAUCCGCAGUGCGCGCGCGUGUCUUCCGUGUACGGCAGCCAGCGAGAGUUCCAUGCACGAAGGAAGAAGGAAGCAUGGCGCUGGAAGUGUGAGAGUUCGUGAUUUCAAAAUUUGAUUGAAGAGAGCAAAUUUCAAAGCGCAGAGAACGGAUGUGACAAUACUGAAGUUCUGACAAAACACGAUGGUACUUUGGAGAAGAAACACGUCGACGUGAAGUGCGUGUUUUUGUUUUAAAUGAUUUCCAUAAAGUGCUAAGUGCUGUGUAAAUGCUAUGAGUUGAUUGUAAAAAGUUUGAUGUUCAAUUAUCAGCAAUGCAGUGAAACUUAACUUACAACUUUAGAAUACUAAUUAGAUUAUCGGAAGAAGAAAAUCGAUAAAAAUCUAGGUCAAUGUGAAGUGAACUUAUAUCAACAAAUCAAAAGCAAUACUUUUAGGCAGUUUACAGUCAUUGAAUCAUUGAUUUACAAUCUUCAGUCAGUAUUAUAAAAAAAAAAAAGAAACUAGCCAAACUAGCGGCCAAACGAAGUCAAUCGGGAGCACCUAUCUUUGAUACCAGAAUACAACACGCAAGUGGCGAUUAACCUCCUCCUCAAUCUACAGCAGUGCGGCACAGCGAUGGAGGCAAUAAUUAGUACAAUAAAGGACGUCUUCCUGGGCAGCAUAUGCCUUCAAAUCACCGUGGUAUCCAUCCUCCUCAGCUUGGUGUGGCCAACCUUCAAAUACUAUGCCAAACUUACCGCCAUCCUGUGGAUGUCCUUCAUGGUGAUGGUUGUGCCGAUUCCACUGUACUUAUUCAAACCCCGAUGGCCUUUAAAUGCUCUUAUUCCGGGAAUCGUUGCUUGCGAAGUUAUCCGGUGGUUCGGCGUGGAGUACGAAAUCCGAGGGAAGGAACACAUCAACGUCAAAAAUGGCGGAGUAGCCCUCAUCAAUCAUCAAAGUGCCAUCGACAUCGUUAUGUUGUCGCGACUGCUGCGUGAGUUCCGAAACAUUGUUCCCGUGGUGAAGAAGGAACUGUUUUACGCACUUCCUUUCGGCAUUGCCUCCUACUUGGUGGGGGUUGUUUUUAUCGAUCGGAAGAACAUCACCUCGGCGAAGGAUGUCAUGAAGCGGGAGGCGGUCGCCAUUCAGCGGGAUAACCUCAAAUUGGCCAUAUUCCCGGAGGGCACCCGCCACGACAAGGACACGUUGCUGCCGUUCAAAAAAGGUUCGUUCCACGUAGCCAUCGAUUCGCAGUCAAUAAUCCAGCCCAUCAUCGUGUCCAAAUAUAGCUUCUUGGAUCACAAAAAGAAGCGAUUUGGCCGCGGAAGGGUGAUCAUUAAAAUUCUGCCGGAAAUCUCGACCAAGGGUAUGACCAAGGACGACAUCAACUCCCUGGUGGAGAAAUGUCAAACCACGAUGCAAGCGGAAUUCAACGCACUCAGUGCGGAAGCAAAACAGUACUGCCAUCUGUAAAAAAGAGCAAAAAUACAAGGGAACAACUACUCUAGGACUCGGUUGUGUUACGGACAACCGGCGUAGGUAUUAUUAGGAAUUCGGUUCGUACUGAGCAUAACGACAACAUCACACUUGGAUUCAUCAGUACCUGAGUUUUGUGACACGUGGUUAGGAAUAUACGUCACAGAGUCAAUUGCUACGAGGGUGAGAAGUGAAAACGUUGCUUUAAUGAUGCUCAUUUAGUAAACAGCUAAUUCAAUACUAUUACUAGUAACAAUACCGUUGACAUAUAAGAUAUCGUCAGUCUAGUCUUAACUUCAAAAGGUCAUUUAGAUUCUUUAGCAACCUAGAGACAAGGGAUCAUGUUUCUACACAGUUGAUUGUUUAAUAAAUAUGGUUUGUUUUUGAA